GCUCAAGCCCCAGGGAAGGAAUUUUUUUUUGCGCGUAAACUCUCAAAACGUGUUAAAUUUUCAAAAUCUUAGAAGUCAACGGUGUACAGAAAUCAGCUGAACGCGUGAAAGCAACUAAAAAUAUUUUUGUUUUGGUUUUGUGCUAAUCCAAGAAAUAGAAUUUCGAACAUUUCGAAAGCGAGGUUUUGGCAAUUGAGCGACAAGUUUUGAAUUCCAAAUUUAAAUUAACCGCCAACAUAACUCUAUCCAAAUCCUUGCCUGAGUGCAGUUCUGUGUGUGAGCCUUAAAAUCCAGAUUACUGGUCGAAUAACAACGCAUCUCACAGGAGCAGCCAAUACAGUGGAACGGAGAGCGAGACAGUGAAAGCACCGCAGCAAAAGAUUUGAGCAAGAUGCGUCGAUCCUCAUUCACGCCUGUCUUCAACCUCAGCACCCAGGAGCCGCUGAUUGUCGUCGAGGAGUCUCAUGCCCCCGAGGAUGGCGACGAUCUGGAGGGGGCCGCUGGCGGCUGUGAUCCGGGCGCCACCACCAAGCGCUCGAACAGCGACGACUCCGAGCCGGACUCGCCGGUGAAUCCGUAUCUGCUAUGCCCCUUCCCAGACAUGCAGCAGCGCCGCAAGCACUCGCUGCCCUCGCUCCAGAUAACCGAGGGGAUCACGGCCAGCCAGGUGCGUCGUCUCUCAGAGGUGGGCGGCGAGACCGGCGGCCUCAGUCCCAAGGAGGUGGAGUUUUUGGCUACGCUCUCGCAGAAGGCCAAUCCCGCGGCCGGAGGCCGCCGCCACUCGGUGGUCACAAUCUCGGCCGUGCCCCCGACGCUCUUUGGACGCAAUCGUCGCGAGUCCAUUUCCGGUGCUUCGAUCAGUGGCAGUCGCCGGGGAAGCGUCAUCGCCGGGCCCCCCUUGACGGAUCAUCGCGGCAGCGUACACAACUUGCAGCUGGACAUAAUGGACGGGAUCGUGCAGCAGCGGAAGACGCGCAGCGGCAGCGGUGUCUGGACUGCGCCCGUGCUCCAGGAGGCGGACAGCAAUGUGCCCGUGCAGACAUAAGCGGACAACGGACGGACGGAGGACGCGGACACGGACACGGACACGGACGCAGACACCAGGGCGAGAUGUAGAUGGAGUGGUAGGGUGGUCGGGUGGUCGGUCACUGGUCGGAUACUGAGCAAUAUAAACACACAGACACACAGACACACACACACACACACGGACAAACAGAACACACACACACACGAAUGAACAAUGAACAAUGAACAUUCUGGAACUCUGUUACUCGAACUGGACCUUUAUUAACAUUUCUUGUUUUCCUUCUCGGUUCACGCUCCCUCCCUCUCCCUCCCACUCACCCUCUUUGUGCUGUGUUGCUGUUUGGUCUGCUUCUUUCUGCGGGAAAUUGCUUUUCGCGGCUGCCGCAAGAAAAAACCGCAAAAAUCGGGAAAAAGCAAUAAAAAAAAAAAAAAAUCCGAAAAGGAAAAACUGCAGUUAAACCGAAAAGAGUGUAAUAGACAGAGACAGAGACAGAGAGAGAGAGAGAGAGAGCAAGAAAAAAUGAAAGAAAGAAAAAAACGCACCACACCGUUAGCCGCUUUGAUUGGCAGCAAUUUCGGUUAACACCUGUGCAAUGUGCCACGUCUAAGCAUCCUCCUCUCCGCCACACCCAGAAAUGAAGAAGGAGCAACCAAAAACUAUUAACAACUGGCAAAGAGACAUGCCAUUUGAACGAAAAUAAAGCGCAACACUUGAAAAACCUUCCGAUGCAAAAGCUAUUUAUGGACUGACGUGAAUUCGCUAUCCAGACAGGUACGCUCAGCAAUUCAUAGGC